AUUAUCCGCAAGCAAAUGUGUUUAUUAACACUUUAUGUAACAUAAACAUUAAACAGUUCGGCAUAACUUGUGGAAGAGAGAAGGUAAAAUAACCAGGAGGAAGUAAGAAGCGGUAUGGCACCUAAGGUUGAAAGAAUUACUGAAAUUGAAACGGUUGAACUAGGAGAAGGGCCACACUGGGAUGCAGAGACCCAGAGUCUUUAUUUUGUAGAUAUUUUUGGAAAGUCUAUACACAAAUAUGUACCAGCAACAAAAAAACACACAAAGGCGGUUAUCGGAACCAAUCAUGUGUCUCUUAUCAUCCCUGUUCGAGGAGAGAAAGAUAAAUUCCUCAUCAGUAUUGGAAGAGAAUUGGCAAUUGUGACUUGGGAUGGGGAGAGCGAGAAAGUUUCAAAUGUGCGUAAAUUAUUUGAAGUGGACAACGAUCCAAACACCAUAGACAAUAGAUUUAAUGAUGGAAAAUGCGAUCCCUCAGGACGAUUGUGGGCAGGUACCAUGGGCGGAGAACCAGUUAACGGACAAGUAAAAAGGGAAAAAGGUUCUCUAUUUUCUUUCCAGAAUAAUAAAGUGACCAGCAACAUAAACAAAGUUGGAAUAUCAAAUGGUUUGGCCUGGAGUACGGAACUGAACAAGUUUUAUUACAUUGAUUCCCACAGAGGGACUGUUGAUGAGUAUGAAUUUGACAUCAAAAAUGGAACAAUAUCAAAGGGCAAACCUAUAUUUUCCCUAGAAAAGAAUAAUGUACCAGGUAUUCCGGAUGGUAUGGCCAUUGAUACCGAUGGUAAUUUAUGGGUUGCUGUGUUUAACGGAAAUCGUAUAAUAAAGAUUGAUCCGAGGAUACCAGAAACUUUAUUAGAAAGCAUUCCAAUACCUGCCCAACAGGUCACCUCAGUUGCAUUUGGUGGUCCAAAUCUGGACGAAAUUUAUGUAACCACCGCGAAAUUUACAAUCGAUGGAAAUAUUCUCGCACCCCCCAACCAUGGUGGCACGUAUAGAGUUACAGGUGUCAACACCAAAGGUUUGCCAGGAGUUAGCGUGGUUCUCUAUAUGUCGAAAAUGGAGAUAUUACCAAUAAGCAAACCAUUGAACGUGGGAACUAGGAUACAUUGGGACGAAGACACGCAAAGCGUGUACUACGUAGAUGUGCCAAAUUCUCUGGUUUUUAAAUAUGAUGUUAACACCGGAGAAACUACUCAAGCUAAAGUGGGAGAUGAACCGUUGGCGUUUAUGUUUCCUGUGGAGGGGUCAAACACUAAAUUUGUAGCGGGCCUUGGAAGAAAACUUAUAUUCGUAGAAUGGGAUGGCACUAGCCCGCAAGUUUCCAAUGUGCAAACGAUUGUAGAAAUAGAAAAGGAAGCAAAUUUAAAAGACAACAGGCUUAAUGGUGCUAAAAUUGAUCCUUACGGAAGACUCUGGGCAGGUUCGAUGGGUCCCACUGAUUCCGAAGGAAAUAUAACACCAGGCAAAGGAUCACUUUACAGUCUUCAAAAAGGAGUUAUCAAAAAACACGAAUCUGGCAUAGGGUGCUCGAAUGGCCUUGCCUGGAAUGAGAAAGAAAUGAAAAUGUAUUACGUAGAUACACUUGUCCCUGCUGUAUUUCAAUACGACUAUUCAAGCCAAGGAACACUAAGUAAUAAAACGAAGAUUUUCGAUUUUAAACAAAAUAAGAUCGAAGGAUUACCCGACGGUUUAACCAUUGAUUCAAAUGGUGCUUUGUGGGUGUGUUGCAUAUUUGGGUCCAGCAUUAUCAAAUUUGACCCUAAAGAUGGAAAAAUUUUGAGGAAAAUUAAAAUGCCCACAAAGGAGGUAACGUCUAUCACGUUUGGAGGUAAAAAUUUGGACAAAAUUUAUGUAACAACUGCAAGAAUUCCUUUGAAGGGAUUAACACUAGAAGAUGUUGCUGGUACCACUUAUAUCAUUUAUAACACUGGAGCUACUGGUCAUCCCGGCUAUAGAUAUAUACCAUAAUAAUAAUGAAUUACAUUUUAUUUAAGUUAUUUAUUUAUCUAAAUAUUGGGAAAAUAAAAACGCCGAGUUUGAUUUUUGUGUUAGAAAAGUAAACUGUAAACUUUUUAUCUAAUUGUUGACAUUGCCCACAAUUUCAGGGGAAGUUAGGACAUACGCAGUUAGGGGGCAGCGCAAUCAACGUCGUCCGAUCUAAGAAAACUUAUCUUAAAAAGAGUAAAAUUGUUACUUAAACUAUUAUAAUAGUGUAAUAAGUAUUAUAUGUAAUAGGGAAUAAUGACAAAUGCUAUGUUCGUGCUAAAAUGUUUAUUUUUAACGUUUAGUCAUUAGAUAUAUUCUAUAUUAGAUAAGAAGAUUCGUCUAGUUGCUGACAUCUUUGGACAUUGCCCACAAUUUCAGGGGAAGUUAGGCCGUCCGCGACCAGGUGGCAGUGCGAUCAAUAUCAUCAGAUCUAAGAAGGCAUUCCUCAAAGAGAGGCUAAUUAAUUAGCCUCUAAGUAACAAUUGUUACUUAAAUUGUUACAAUGUUUUAGAGCAAUAAAAAAUUUUGUAGGCAAGCAAGACUUAUCUGAUAGCGUAGCUUAUAAAAUCAAUGCAGUAGUGGAGGUUUUGUAUGGGAAAAAAAUAAAAUAUGUAGUUUUUUUUGAGAAAUUUACAAAAUGCAUUUGUUUCCGGAGGCUUCUCUUAUUUUUUAUUUUCAAAUUUUUGUAAAUAUAGCAUAGGCAGUGAUGUAAAAACUUGAACUUUAUUAUUCUUAUGAUAAAGGAACAUGAAGGACUUAUUUACUUAUUAAAUAAAUACUAAUUCAUGA